AAACUCAGCGCUUCCAAAACCACUUAAGACAUUAUAAAUACAACCUCACUCUUUCCUCUGCUCUUCAAAAUCAGCUAUACUUAAAAACUGAGAGCAGAGAAACAACACUGAUCAAAGUGAAAGAGAUGAGCUGCGACCAUUUCCCAGACGUGCCACUGGAAUUCCGAUACCGUCCCACCAAAACGGAGCUGCUGUGUGACCACUUGGCGAAGAAGAAUUGGUGCAAGGACUCCCAAAUCAUGUCGAUCAUCCCUGUAAUCGAUCUGUGUAAGCACGAGCCUCGUGAGCUACCAGGACUGGCGUUCACAAGGCAGGAAAAUCUGGGAAGGAAACUUUACUUCGAUUUCUUCUUUCGGUUUACAAGGGCAGAGUCUUGGUAUAGUCAGGGCAAGUGGUACUUCUUCGCACCGCGUGAAUACAAGUACCCUAACAGCACUCGCUCCAACAGGACUACAGGGGAAGGGUCCUGGAAGGUCACAGGCAAGGACCGCGACAUCAAGGCCCCGGGCUCCGAAGCUGUGAUUGGGAGAAAGAGGAUCUUGACCUUCCAAAAACGUGGAGUGCCGAAAUCCCACAAGACCGGCUAUGUUAUUCAUGAGUAUUAUCACAUUCAGCCCCAUUCUGACCCUCCUAAGCAGAUAGGGGACUUUGUUGUCUGUUGCUUGAAGUACAAGCCAGACAACUCUCAUCAUGAUGAGGAUGCUCCAUUGAGUCCAUUCUGCAAUCGAGGUAGCGGUAGCGGUAGCUGCAGUAUGGUUUCCAAUGUUGCAAAUCAGGCCGAAGAAAAUUUGGCGUCCAAUGAGCAGUUUAAUGGCACUGAUGAUGAAGCUGAAACUGGUGGCGGUUGGAUUACUGAAGCAGAAGAACACCUGGCAUAUAAGAGAGAUGGUCUUCGGACUCCCAUUGGAAAUCAGAAUGAAUUCCAAGGCUCGCAGACUGAUCCUUGUAAUCUUUGGACCUCUGUUGAAGGUCAAGCUGAUAGAAGCAAUUCGUCUCAUAUGAUUGAAGAGCGAGUAGAUGAUCCAGAAAAUAUGGAUUCAUUCUUUCAUCCACCUGUGCCCCCUCAACUGCAUCAGCUACAUCAGUCACCGAUGUAUACCACCAAUGUCCAGAAUGAUGAAUGCCGUAAGAGGAAAUAUCCAUUUGAAGAUAAUGACUCUUCUCUUACGAAGAAGAACAAUAUUUCAACCAGUGAUGGUGAUGAACUAGUCAGCAACACCACAUCUAAUUCUGAAAACCAAGCUGCAGAUGUGAUCCUAGAGGGUGACUCUGUUAUCUGUCGCUUGAAGAAUAAAUCAGAUAAGAAAGAUUCUCUGGUAAGUGAUGAAGGGGAACCGGAUAGCGCAGGUGUGUCUAACUGGAAAAUUCAAGCGGCACUCAAAAAUGAUGAACCACUUUUACAUCAACCUCAGCGUCUGGAUGACUGCUGCUCCUCUGCAGUGCGGUCACCGGCAUCCCCAGAGCUGGAAGCUGUUCUGCAAUUAGCCAAUGGUGAUGAUUGUAAUAAGUUGCAAUCACCAUGUGGAGAUAAUACUUCUUGUCUAGAAGACAAGAAUGAAGUUUCAACCUGUGAUGAAGAUGAGACUAUGGAUGGUGUGUUUCUACAGCUAUGUGACCUACCAGAAGUAAAUCUUGAUUCAUUUUUGCGUCCAAUUCAGCCACAAGAUUACCGCCCCUCCAUACUGCAGUCAUCAAUAUACACAAAGCUGGGAAAUGUUCCAGAUGCCAAUCUCUGUUUUAGUGAAUGCAAGAAUUGGCAAUCUGCAUUUAAGAAAAAAAAUUCAACCAAUGAAGUUGACAUACCGGUUAGACAUAUCAUGUCUAAUUUUGAAAAUCAAGCUACAGAUUCUAGGAUUCUAGAGGUAAAAGUACGGUUAUCUAUUACUGAUAUGGAUGAACAGUCAUGUGUAUUGUGUUGCAAUUUUGCAGAACUGGCAUUCACAAGGGCGCAAAAUCUGGGCAGGAAAUUUUUCUCUUUUUUCUUCUUCUGGUUUGCAUGGGCAGAGUCUUGGGACAGUCAGGAUAAGUGGUACUUCUUCACUCCGCGUGAAUACAAGUACCCUAACAGCAGACGCUCCAACAGGACUACAGGGGAAGGGUUCUGGAAGAUUACAGGCAAGGACAGAGACAUCAAGGCCCUUCGCUCCAAAGCUGUGAUUGGGAGAAAGAGGACCUUGACCUUCUACAAACGUGGAGUGCCGAAAUCCCAGAAGACUGGCUGGGUCAUUCAUGAGUAUUAUCUCAUUCAGGCACAUUCUGACCCUCCUAAGCAGAUAGGGGACUUUGUAGUCUGUUGCUUGAAGUAUAAGUCAGACAACUCUGAUCAUGAUAAGGAUGCCCCAUUCUGCGAUCAAGGUAGCAGCAGCUGCAGUAUGGCCUCCAAUGUUGAAAAUCAAGCUGAAGAAAAUUGGGCAUCCAUUAAGCAGGUUAACGUUGUUCCAAUUCCCAAUGGAAAUGAUGAUGAAGCUGAAACUGGUGGUGGUACGAUUACAGAUUACGAGGAAUACCUGGCUUUAAAGGUGCUGGAAGAUGCUCUUCAAAUUCCCAUUGGCAAUCCUCAUGACUUCCAAGGCAUGCAAACUGAUCCUUGUCAUAUAGAUGGGAAUGAUCUUUCAACCUCUGUUGAAGGCCGACCUGAUAAAAGCAAUUCAUCUGAUAUGAUUGAAGAGCUACUAGAUGACCCACAAAAUCUGGAUUUACUCUUUCAUCCGCCUGCGCCACCUCAACUGCAUCAGCUACAUCAGUCACCCAUGUAUACCACCAAUGUCCAUAAUGAUGAAUGUCGUAAGAGGACAUAUCCAUUUGAGGAUAGUGACCCUUCUCUUACAAAGAAGAACAAUAUUUCAACCAAUGAUGAUGACGAAUUAGUUAGCAAUACCGCAUCUAGUUCUGAAAAUAAAGCUGCGAAUAUGAUUCCAGAGGGAUAUCCUCAAGCAGGAGCAAAUCUAGGAUCAGAAUUUGAAUCAUAUCUGCCAAAGGAUUACGAUUAUACACUAACAUCAAUAAACGGAGGACUGGGAGAUUUUCCCCAUGACAAUAAUUUUAUUGAGUGGGAUGAUUUGCCAUCCUUAUACGAAGGUAUGGACUCUUCUCCCGUAAAGUUCUCACAUACAGUUAUUGAUGGUGGUAGAAGAGUAACCAAUGACGGAAACACCGAAGUAGUAGAUGGAUCAAUAAACGAUUAUUCUGCAUUAGCCAUUGGAGCAACGCUCCAGAGUAGCUAAUCAACCUUUAUUUAUAGGAGAAUAUCAAAAGGACGCCUCAGUAAUAAUGUGUCUCUAACUCACAUUAUUGCAGUCGGUGUUAUUCUCCUACAAAUGAUUCAAAGAUCUCCAAGUUAUAUGAAAUGCUCAGCUGUGUUGAUUGGCAAACAAUCACAAUUUUUCUGCAUUUCUUGUACUGGAGGCUUUGUAAACUUCUUGAUCGUUUUGGCAUUCAAUUACAACUCAGAACAGCAACAAUUAUUUUGUACCUGUUUUUCUUUUCUUUUUCUUUUGGGAGCGGGGGAGGCAUUGCUGGUGUCACAGCAUCCCCUAGUGAAGUUUUGGUUGAAAGAGAGACCGGCGAAUCCAUAUGGUUCAAAUGCCAUCCGGAAGUCUACCCUUCUCUGAAUGUGACAAGUCCAGGCAUAUAUAGAUGUCUUUUCUCAUAAGCAGUUCCUUGGAGGUGGAGCUUCCUCUGUCAACAUUACUACCUAUAUUCAUUCCUCAGAUCUUGUCAAUAGAAGUACCAAUAUUCCUUCCUCUGAUCAAACAUCAUGUCAACCGAAGUAUCGAUAUUUGUUCCUCAUAUCCAUAGUUUUGAAAUGUCCUAAAAUCAAAGGACAUACCUAUCCACAUCCAUUUCUUCAGAUCCCUAGUAGUGAAUCCUCAGGACCAGCAAUAGUCGUUCCUCAGACAAUUAGCCUGCAAUUAGUAUGUCCUUAAGAUCAAAGGACAUAUUCAAAACAUCAAAAUCAUCCAAUCCAGUCAUGUAGUCAAACAUGGGAGGUGCUCCUAGAAGAAUCCGACUGCAGAGCAGCAUCACAAGACAAGGUCAGUGAAGCUGUAGAGGCAUUAUAUUGCUGUUUAUCUUGCCCAGAAGAAACUGAAAGUCCUGGAAGCAGACAACAGUUUGAAGCUGGCAGCAAUUUAAAGGAUUCUUUCAUUUUCCAGGAUGCAUCUCCUUUCAAUCCGCAAAGCAUAUCUUUCAGACCAGAGUCAUAGUUCUAGCCUAAAAGACCACUAUGGGCAACGCAACUAUUGCAUAGUCAGUAAUCUGGAAGCAGAGUUUCAUAGGACCUGCUGCUACACGGUUGCUGGAGUCUCAAAGACAUUAGUAAUAAUCAGACAGCAGUAUUCUGUAUGGUUACACUCAUUUCCAAGAUGUAUGAAUACAAUUAAAGGUCAUAGAGAUGCCUUCAGACUAGGUCUGAACACCUCAUGCCUAAAACCAAAUAUUGUAUCACUCAUCAUAUCGCUCUCGUUUGUAUUACACUAUUACCCUGA